AUGGCCAGUUCUGUUCACACUGGAGAUAUUUAUGCUGAAUUAAGAAAAGCAGAAAAAAAUAUAUUUUUAAUUAAAAAUACUCUAGUAUUUAAAGAUUUUAUGAAGCCAACCUAUGUUUAUUCAAAUCCUGUGCUGAGUCUUUUAAGCUCCAACUCAACUUAGAGUAGUCCAAUGACUACAAGUGAAUUGAAUGAUUCGAUCGAAUACUAUAUGGACCAAAAAGACUAUCAGACUGAAGUGGAAAUAGUUAAAUAUCUGCAUGGUUUGGGAGUGCAGACUAAAACCGACCCGCUGAUUAAAGAGUAACAAUAUUGGAAAGAAAGAAAACAGAAGAGCCAAAUAAUGUCAGAGUCCAUCAUCAACUCUUCGGAAAGGUUGGUACUAAAUCCAACCGUAAAUCGAUUGAUGAGAAAGAAUGUUAUAUAAAUACCAAGGAAUUCAAAUAGUCCCUAUUUCUUACUGGAUUAAUUAUGA